CUUCGUUAAUAAGUUUCUUCUUCCAAGUUCCAAGUUAGUAACUACUCCACUUUUUCGUCUCUGGCAUCUACAGUACUUGACCUCCCGGCACCAAACAGAACAGAGACGAGAAACCGAGGGAAAGUGAGGGAAAACGCGAGAAAAUUAGAAAAGCGAAAAAAAAAAAAGUCCAGGAAACAAGAAGGAGAAGAAAAAGAAGAACGAAGAUAAAAUUCAGCAAAGCCUUAAGCAAGAAUUUUCUAUUGGAGGGAAACAAUCGCCCCGGGGGGAAUGAAGCACAUUUUCAAGAAGCUUCACAUAGGGAACACCCACGAGUCAGCGAAUCGAUCGAACGAAACCCCCGAUUCUCCUUCACCUUCGCAAUCGUGCGCGUCCGAUCACCGGGCGGCUUCAUCGUCAGCUUCUUCGGCGGCAGCCGCUCCAGGUAGCCCUCCGCUUUCCACUCCUCCGGCGUCGGCACCUGCUUCUACUGAUGCGGCGGCGGCGGCGGCGUUACCGAUGACUGAGCCGUCGCCUGUUACGAAUACGAACGGCGUUGGCAGCAAUAUUGGCGCGGACUACUUCACUUCCGAGGAGGAGUUUCAGAUGCAGCUGGCACUAGCGAUUAGCGUUUCUUCCAAUUCGGAGGCUGGGAGGGAUGAUCGGGAGAAGGAUCAGAUCCGAGCGGCUACUCUACUGAGCUUGGGAGGGAAUCGUCAUCAUUGCAUGGACGGAACGGGAGAGAAAGGAGAAGCUGCGGCGGAGUCCUUGUCGAGACAGUUUUGGGAAUAUAGUGUGCUGGAUUACCAAGAGAAGGUUGUAGAUGGGUUUUAUGAUGUCUUCUCCACAAGUUCAGAAAAUCAAGGGAAGAUGCCUUCUCUUGUAGACUUGGAAACAAAUUCCGUCUCUUCUGGCUUUGAAGCAGUAGUAGUGAAUCGAGCGAUUGAUCAUAACUUGGAAGAGGUGGCACAGGUUGCUCAAUGUAUUUCAUUAGAUUGCCCUGCUACUGACAUUAGCAUUUUGGUCCAGCGACUGGCUGAACUCGUAACAGCGCACAUGGGUGGCCCUGUAAAGGAUGCUAACAUAAUGUUGACAAAGUGGAUGGAGAGAAGCAUCGAGUUGAGGACAGUUCUUCAUACAAGUGUGCUGCCCAUUGGUUCGAUAAAUAUUGGCCUAUCUCGCCAUCGUGCAUUGCUUUUCAAGGUAUUGGCUGACACUAUAAAUCUACCGUGUCGAUUGGUGAAAGGAAGUCAUUACACUGGAGUUGAGGAUGAUGCUGUGAACAUUAUCAAGUUGGAGGAUGAAAGCAUAAGUGUAGUUGAUCAGCCCAUGUUCGCACAUCUAACAGUCUACUUUGUCAUCAGGGAGUUUUUGGUUGACCUAAUGGCAGCUCCAGGGACAUUGAUUCCUGCUGAUAUUCUGAGUACCAGUAGAGUUCCCACUCCUUAUUCCUCUGAUUCUGGACUAGGAAGACCAAACUCAUUACCUGGUGAAGGGCCAAGUCAAAACUCUUCAUCGAGUGGUUGCUUGUCUAGGAGUGAAGAUGCUGGACCAUUAUAUUCAUAUUCUGGUUCUAUAGGUGAUGCUGGUGUUGGUUCUUCCGGGUUAUCCAACAAAGCUACUCACUCCAAUCUACUGGAUAAGGAAAAUCAUGGAGGUCAUGCUGUUGCUGAUGGUAUUCGGAUUAAUGGUAAUGCUCCUUACAAUCAGAAUGGACCAGAAGAUUCUAAUAAUCUUUUCGCAGAUCUCAAUCCACUUCAGAACAAGGGUAAAAAUUUUGUACAUUCUAAACCUGGAGAUAAUAAGACCGAUGGCCUGAGAAAUGAUAUUGUACCUGGUCGACCCCCUGCACCAUUGAUGUGGAAGAGCCGAUAUGCAAACAAUGAGGUACCCAGGAACAAGGAAUAUGAUUAUAUGGAUGGCCUUUUUCCGAGAAUUAACCGCGAACCAAAUAACUACAAUCAAACAUCCACAGCAUCCACCAGCUCCAAUGUUUCCCGGAACGCAUAUGCUCAGAAUUCUAAGCCAUCUGUAAAUUCCAAUCAAGCCAGUAGGGGUAGUGAGCCAAGAAAUUUGUAUACUGGUUCCAGUUCAGCAGUGGCAUCUGGUGUUAGACAAUAUCAAAAUCGACCCAUAGGCCAGCCAGUAGACUUGGGUUUUGAAGCUGAAAAUCAAAGAGAUGCUAGUAAUUGGCAAAACAGCGCCAUAUCGAAGGAUGAGGAAGAUGGUGAAAAUAGUGCUCUGGAUCCAAGGAAGAUGACAAGUGACAUGUUUUUUGGCAGCAAUUUGAAACUAAAGGAUCUGGAAAGUCCUAGCUCAUCACUUGAGUCGAGCAUGAGCAACAGGGUGGAGCAUGGUUUGGAUGAUGUAGAUGUUGUGGAAUGUGAGAUUCCUUGGGAAGAUUUGGUCAUUGGCGGGAGAAUCGGACUAGGUUCAUAUGGUGAGGUUUACCAAGCUGAUUGGAAUGGCACGGAGGUUGCUGUCAAGAAGUUCCUAGAUCAGGGUUUCUCCGGAGCAGCUUUGGCAGAAUUUAAAAGAGAAGUGCGGAUAAUGCGCAGAUUGCGUCAUCCAAAUGUGGUUCUUUUCAUGGGUGCUGUUACUCGUCCUCCAAAUCUCUCCAUAAUUACUGAAUUUCUCCCCAGGUGUGCCUCCUCUCGCAUACCAAUGGGAAGCUUAUACCGAAUUCUCCACCGUCCUCAGUGUCAGAUUGAUGAGAGGCGCAGAAUCAAAAUGGCUCUUGAUGUGGCAAGAGGUAUGAACUGCUUGCAUAGCAGCUCACCAACAAUUGUUCACAGGGAUUUGAAGUCCCCUAAUCUGUUGGUGGAUAAAAACUGGAAUGUUAAGGUUUGUGAUUUUGGUUUAUCACGCUUGAAGCACAACACAUUUUUGUCAUCCAAAUCAACAGCCGGAACGCCUGAAUGGAUGGCACCUGAAGUACUUCGCAACGAGCCUCGAAUGAGAAGUGAGUUGAUUAUCUUUUUUUCAUACUUCAAUCUCAUGUCUUUUAAAAUACAUUCAUUUAGGUGUGAUGUAUAUAGUUUUGGAGUGAUUCUAUGGGAGCUUGCAACGAUGAGAAUCCCUUGGAGUGGGAUGAAUCCGAUGCAAGUUGUGGGUGCAGUUGGCUUCCAGAACCGUCGACUUGAAAUACCGAAAGAACUAGAUCCCUUAGUUUCGAGAAUCAUUUGGGAAUGUUGGCAGACGGAUCCGAAUCUGAGGCCGUCAUUUUCACAGCUUACAGUAGCUCUAAAGCCGCUGCAGCGGCUUGUUGCUCCUCUUCAGAUGGACCAGCCAAGUUCAGGUUUGCAGCAGCAGGAUGUACCAGUAAAUUUCAAUCCUUGAAUGCGUCUCUCUAAAUAUCUCAAUUGUGAAGAAUCGGCUUUCUGUUUUUGCCCCGAUGAUUUGUUUUUGGAAGUGUACAAGCUAAAUGAGAAAGCACAUGAUUGGAAAAAAAAGCAGAGAAAGAAGAAUGCUUUUUGUGUAAGUAAUCUCUUUUCAUUGUGCUGCUACCCAAAAAUCUUGUAGCCAGCAGCAUGUUUCUUUGUACAUCCAUCAUACUUGGUCAUAAAAUUGAAUGUGUCCGUAAAGGAUUACAAAGACGUUGUAAUAUACCAUAAUCAAAAACAGUAUUCAUACUCACAAACUAUGGCGUUGGCUCCACGUCGGAACUUUGAAAUCAAAUGUAC